AUGCCUCUAGGUUCCCUACUGCUACCCUCUAUAGGAAAGUCCGGGGCUAUAUUGACCAUCUGUAUGGCUCUCCAUCAAGCCGUUAAAACGACGGGGAAGAGCACAGAGAGCAGACCCCCGUACCCCUGCGAGAGCCGCGAUGCCGUCAAAGAAGACGGGGGGCCUCCAGGAGCCUUACUCCGCGACUA